CGUCAUCUCCUGACCCGCCGAGGCCCGACCCGUGCGUGAGUCGGGCCGCCCGGAGCUCACCGGACCUGGAGCUCUAUCCCAUACGGUUGGGGGAGGGAAAAGAAACCGAGAUUGGGCAGAAUCUGCGUCCUUAACCAGCCGCGCUACUAGGUCUGUGAGCCCCGCCCCUCCGUGGGACUAAUUCUGGGACCCAGUGGAGGGGAGAACAGGGGAGCUUGUGGUCGCACCUGUGCAAAGGCUCUCGCAGUUUCCCACAACCCUCGCUCCCUAGCAAAAGAGAACGGGCAGCCAGGUGGCGAGGGGGGCCGAGACCCUCCCCUCCACGCCUCGAACUUGGAGCUGCCUGGUGCCCCGAGAAGAAUCUGGCCUGUGACCCUUGAAGGACUGGCGGCGAUAUAACUUGGCAGCCCUGACUAUGGGCAACGCUCAGGAGAGGCCUUCGGAGACGAUCGACCGCGAACGGAAACGCCUGGUAGAGACGCUGCAGGCGGACUCCGGACUGCUGUUGGAUGCGCUGCUGGCGCGGGGCGUCCUCACCGGGCCCGAGUACGAGGCGUUGGACGCGCUGCCUGAUGCCGAGCGCAGGGUGCGCCGCCUGCUGCUGGUCGUGCAGAGCAAGGGCGAGGCCGCCUGCCAGGAGCUACUGCGUUGCGCCCAGCGGACCGCGCGCGCGCCCGACCCCACCUGGGACUGGCAGCAUGUGGGCACUGGCUACCGGGAACGAAGCUACGAUCCUCCAUGCCCAGGCCACUGGACGCCCGAGGCAGCCAGCUCAGGGAACCCAUGCCCUGGGCUGCCCAGAGCUUCACACUGCGAUGAGGCUGGAGAUCGUGAGGGCUCGGAAGCAGUGCCAUCCGUCACCCCCGAGGAGUUUGAGCCAGAGGUGGACGCUGAGGCCUCUGAAGAGCCUGAACCCACUGAAGGGGAUGAGGGGGCGUUGGAACCACAGAUGGAUCCGGAUCCAGAGCCAGAGGCAGAACCAGAGACUGAACCAGAACCAGAGCCUGAACCGGAGCCGGAGCCAGAGCCAGAGCCGGAGCCAGAGCCAGAGCCAGAGCCAGACUUCCAGGCAGGGGAUGAGUCUGAAGAUUCCUGAAGGCCAGAGUGCUGACAGGCCACUCCCUGCCCAAGCUGGAUAGGACCUGGGAUGCUGCACUGACUGGCAAGGUGGGAUACCACCAAUCCUCUGCCUGGCCCAGUAUUCACUGCAAGUGAAUAAACUGUGGGUCGACCUGGGUUAUCUGUGACUCUGGCUCUUGGCCCAGGAACUAGGGUGUGAACCGUGCUCUGUGUCCCAGUGACCUGGGCAGCCCUAUGCCCCACCACUUAGUCCUCAGCCCUAUUUCAUCAAUAGCUCAAGUUGCACCCCUGGGGGACAGUGGCCUGACCUGGGCCCUCUUACUUUCCUGAACCAUUUGGGGGCAUGUGUAGUCACCAGCCCUACCCCAUGGAAGCCCCUGGGCCUGGAGCAGAGAGCCAGAGAAGAGGGACUUCUCUCCACUUAGGGAGAGCUAGCACUCACAGCAUUGGGAAAUAAGAUGAGGAGAGAAAAAAAGGAAGGGAUCUUGGGUAGACAGAGACCACACGCUUCACUGUAAUUGUUUUAAUUGUCUGUCUUCUCUCAGGACUGGGAACUCAGUGAGGGUUCUGACCGGUGACUGGCACACAGAAGGCGCUCUAUGCCUAUUCACUGACUACAUGAAUAAGGACUUUCCAGUUGCAUUUCCAAGUUUUACAGAUGGGAAAACUAAUGCCAAGAGUGGGAGUGGGACUAGGUCAAUCUCACACAACGGAGUCUGAGGUGAAACUGGAGGCAACCACAAUCUCUGCACCUCUCCUGGUCCAGGAUGAACUCAGGACUUGGGACAAAAACUAGGGGCCUGCCCCUCAGGCUUGAUUGUGGCUGUAGCCAGACUAUGCCAACCUCUACCAGAGACCAGCUGUGAGGGUGUGGGCAAAGAUAAGGAUAGCAGAGGCCAGUGGAGGGGGUGGGGGGCAACUGAGCACUCAGGCCAAAUGAGCACUCAGGCUCCACUCACAAGGCCUGAAGGAAUGUGAGUGUGUGUGUGUGUGUGUGUGUGUGUGAGAGAGAGAGAGAGAGAGAGAGAGAGAGGGGCGCUAGGAAUAGUCAGUGCCUUCCAGAGGAGCCCUCUGCCUUCCCACCAAAACUUCAGAAGCUGCUGCCUCCCAGCCCCAGGAAGUACAACAUAAAUAGGGAAGUAAUACAUGAUCGGUGGGACAGGCUAAAUGCUGGAAAGCAUAUCCCAGCCCAGCUGGGUCUCUAACUACCAGGGCCCCUGUCCCUUGAGUCUGUGUGAAAGCCAGGACCUUAGGCUCAGGCAGUCACCCCAGGAGAAGGGAGACCACCCACCAGGACCCAGUGAGAGGUAGACAGCAUAAAAGCUGAAGGAGCACCAAGGGGCCAGGUGGGGGAAGGGAGACUGGAGGAGACAGAUACCCGAAGCCAUCUCAUGCAAGAACAGGUUUCUACUCCCAAACCACUCCCCGUCCCUAUCCAUGCUCACCUUCCCUGCUGCCCCUACGCCUCCCCUCUGCUCCACAGACAAAGGCAGGAGGGCACUC